AUGGAGCAUAACGUGUUACACACUGUGAUCGAAGGCGUGCUUGUAUGCUCUUACGCUUUUGUUUUAUUCAUCAUUGUAACGUCCAGAGUGAAGGUCUUGAAAACUGCGUUUUACGUGAUAUUUGUCGCAACAGGAGUCGCUGAUCUAUUCGCCAUAUUCGCAAGCUGCUUCAACCGACUGAAUCGUCAACUUGGUCUGGGUCCGGAAUUCAAGACACUUGUUUCAUUUGUUAUAAUAGUCAGUGGAACCACGUUUCUCACCCACAUGAUCGGAAACAUGUUCCUUACGAUCAAUCGAUAUUCAGCGCUUUGCCUCCUGAAGAAGUAUGACACGAUUUGGUCUCGAAGAAAUGUGUGGAUCAUGAUAGUGGUGCAAUAUGUGUAG